GGCCGCUCCAGCUCAGCUCUCCAGCUCCACCUCCAGCAGAUAAUAUGACCAUAAUGGCUGUCUCCGGAAAGCUGCUAACUGCCUUUGUACUCAGCAUCUACGUACUUGGCUUGGCCCUUACCAUUCAUGCAACUCAGUAUGAAGAGGAAAAAUAUCAGGAAAAUGAGGUGAGGUACGGAAGAGAACUCGCCACGCUGCUGGCCCAGUUGGCGCACAGAAAUGAACCCGCAAUCUGUGCACACAAGCGCAACUCUGAAAUCAUCAACUCACUUCUUGGACUUCCGAAAUUACUCAAUGAUGCUGGUCGCAAGUAAUCUGAAUGACCUCACACUAAUGGGAGAGACCAUAUGGUAUGCUGACAUAUACAUUAAGAAGUGUUCUUAAUGUAUCAAAACAUGAAUGAAGAACAAACAUGUUUCAUGCGUUGUCUCUUGUCAGACAUUUUUUACUUAUGUUUCAUAGACACAGUGUGAAAUGUACAUGUAAAUCAUGUUGAAAUAAAUAUUGUUAACUCCAAAA